ACAAGAAGAACAGGGGACGCAGUUCUGCUCUUACCACCAUCCCAUUCGUAACCCUAACCCUAAUCCUAAACAGUCUCAUCAUCGAAUUCAGAGCCUUAUUCUCUUCCUCUCUCUGUCGAUGCUCCGUUUUGGUGUUACGAAGGCUCAAAAAGGGAGGGUUCCUUUGUUAAAUGCUCUCUCUCUUUCUCCUCUUCUCUCUCUUUUCCCCUUUCAUGUCUUCAAUUACUGCCUCUGCUCCUUCAGGGUCUCCAAAAACCCUACUUUUUGAUUUCGAUCCCUUCUCUAUACCCAACCCUUCUCUUCUUUUUUGUACUAGGAAAUUAAUAUUCAAUUUCAGGCUUUUGGGUUUGCAACUUCGAUAUCGUAAGCAACAUGAGUGAUUCUAAGCAGGUGGUAAUAUUUGGUUCAUUUACAGAAGAUGAAACCAGAUCAUUGCUGCUAAAGCAGUCUUCUGGGAGAAGUGAAAAGCCCGUGGAGAAGAAUCAGCUGCAAUUCGGUUCUUUGAAUUCUGUUACUGUUGAAUCAAGCAACCUGCUAAAUUCAUCAAAAGCGCCAAAUAGUGCUCCUCCUUCUGAUUCUCAAAAAUGUAAUGGAGUGAACAGUGUCAGUGUAAGUGAUAAUUUACCUGGAGGAUCAGAAACUCUAAAAGAGAAUGGCAGCAUUACCAAUUUCUCCCUUAGUCCCUCUAGUAUCAUUGGUGUAAAAGAAGAUAAUGUGUCUUCUGUUACAUUUCUCGACGAAGAUGGUCCCUCGAACAAGUUCACAAAUUUGAGCCUGGAUGCUUCUGAGGCUGAAAGCUUGCAGCAUGUACUUAAAACUGGCACCGCUGAUGAUUCUUCAUCAAAAUUACCCGAUCAAAACUCCAGAAAGGCACCUAAUGGCCAUGUUGUUAUGCAUGUUAAGGAUCUACUGCCGCGAGGCCUUUUUAACUCUGGGAAUCUGUGCUUUCUUAAUGCAACAUUGCAGGCUCUCUUGUCUUGUUCUCCUUUCAUUCAUCUUUUGCAGGAAUUAAGAACUCGCAGCAUUCCUAAGGUUGGCUUUCCCACAUUGACGGCGUUUGCUGAGUUUAUAACUCAAUUUGACAUGUCAAGCGCAACAACAUUAACAAAGAAAGAUACAGAUACUUUCGAGUCUGGAAGGCCAUUUUGCCCUGUUAUGUUUGAAGGUGUUCUAAAAAAUUUUACUCCGGAUGUGCCAAAUAGCAUUUCAGGAAGACCAAGGCAGGAAGAUGCUCAGGAAUUUCUGAGCUUUGUAAUGGAUCAAAUGCAUGAUGAAUUACUUAAGUUUGAAGGACAGUCUUCAAGUCUUAAUGGUAGCAAAUCAUCUCUAGUUUCUUCUGUGGAAGAUGAUGAAUGGGAAACAGUGGGGCCAAAGAAUAAAUCUGCUGUGACAAGGACUCAAAGCUUUGUUCCAUCAAAAUUAACUGGUAUUUUUGGAGGACAACUCAGAAGUUUGGUGAGAGCUAAAGGAAAUAGAGCUUCUGCCACUGUUCAACCAUAUCUCUUGCUCCAUCUUGACAUUUUUCCUGAUGCUGUCAACACUAUUGAGGAUGCACUUCAUCUGUUUUCUGCACCAGAAACUCUUGAAGGGUACCGAACGUCACACACUGGAAAUACUGGUGUUGUUACUGCAAGAAAAUCUGUACAAAUUCAGACACUUCCAAAAAUAAUGAUAUUGCACUUGAUGCGUUUUAGUUAUGGAGACCAGGGAAGCACUAAGUUGCGUAAGCCUGUGCACUUUCCUCUUGUGUUGGUAUUGGGUCGAGACUUACUCGUUUCACUAUCUACUGAGGGUCGAAAAUAUGAACUUGUUGCUACAAUUACUCACCAUGGAGUGGAGCCUUCUAAGGGGCAUUACACAGCUGAUGCCCAAUACCCCAAUGGUCGAUGGCUACGAUUUAAUGAUCAAUCUGUAUUUGCUAUUGGAGAAAAUCAGGUGCUGCAUGAUCAGGCUUACGUCCUAUUCUACAAACAGAUGUGAACAUAAACAUGUUUUGUUGAUAUCUACUCCCUUUUUUGCACCUGAGAAAAAAAAAAAAAAAAAAAAAAAAAACUCUAUUCCUUAUAAGAAAGAGUAUACUGUUGAUUAAUGUAUUGCAUGGAGAAGAUGUGAGUGAUUAUUUAGCAGCUGGUCAAACUCAAUAUCCAUGGCUCAGGGCUCAUAUUGCUAAGUUGUCUUGAAUGGUCCUUCCAAUCUUGGAUGUGAUACGAGUAAUUGUUGUAACAUUCUUUUUCUUGUUAUCUGGAACUGAAAAAGUUUUGAUGGGUCCUAGUUUAGGACAUGGAUAUGUAUUUAUGGCACAGUGAAAGACUUAUAAGAAAUGCUGCUUAUUAUGAAGUCACACUAGCUUGCGAAGAUU